AUGAUAUGUGUGUUCUUCUCUCUUCCAGCUACUUUCGUGGACAUCCAAUAUGAAGCUACAAUGUUGGGCAAUCUGACAAACGCUAUCCAUUUCAAAAUCAAAACCUAAUCAUUUGACAACAAUCAAAACAUUCCCCAAAAUUAACGCCUGCAGCCCAGAUACGUUUCGUAAUACCAUAUAGUCAUAUUUUGAUUUGAAAGAUGGCCGACAUCUUCGAAUUCUUAGAUAAUUCCACCCGGUCCGACAGCAACCAAACUGCUGACGUGAACUGGACGAUAUCCACGGCCACACGUCUGAAACAGUCGGUCCCGGUUAUCGCCUUAUUUGGCGUGUCGUACUUCCUCAUCUUCGCCCUCUGUCUGGUCGGCAACACCCUGGUGUGCUUCGUCGUCAUCAAGAUCCCGCGCAUGCGCACGGUGACCAACUACUUCAUCCUGAACUUGGCCGUGAGUGACCUCCUGGUGGGGAUCUUCUGUAUGCCCUUCACACUGGUGGACAACAUCGUCCUUGGUUGGCCGUUCGGUGACGCCAUGUGCCGCUUGGUUCCCUUCAUGCAGACUACUUCUGUGAUAGCCUCGGUCUUCACUCUACUGGCUAUUGCAGUAGACAGAUUCUACGCCGUUGUCCUUCCGAUGAAGCCGAAGCUGACCGUGAGCCAAAUGGCGAAGGCCAUCACCGCUAUCUGGGUGUUUGCCGUGUCCAUCAGUCUGCCACUCAUCAUCUUCAACCACGACAAGGAGUACCCAGACCAGGUAGGGAACGUGGUGUACCUGGUCCACCACUGUCAGGAGCAGUUCCCGGGUGUAGACGUCAGUAAGUACUACAGCCUGUCGCUGUUCGUUCUGUGCUACCUGGUUCCCCUCGGCAUCAUCCUGGUCCUCUACGUCCUCAUCGGACAUCGGAUCUGGUUCAAGGCCACGCCAGGGGGACAGAAAGCGUCGAUGGAGGCCCAGAACAUCGCCUUACAGAAGAAGAGGAAGGUCGUGAAGAUGUUGAUAGUGGUAGUGGUUGUAUUCGCCUUAUUCUGGUUGCCUCUCCACACCACCCUGUUGCUGAAUGACUUUGUUGUCCAGUUGACUGACGUCCAGAAACAGAUCAUGUACAUCUACAUCUUUCCCAUUGCCCAUUGGCUGUCAUACUUUAACAGUUCGGUGAAUCCGAUCAUAUACGGCUACUUCAACCCCAACUUUCGCGAUGCUUUUAAGUCGCUGUUUUCCAGAAAGGACGGGAAGGGUUCAGCAUCGACCGCACAAUCCCGGAUAAGCCGCUGUUCAUAAGUCAUUGUGUCAAACAUUCCUGUAAUUCAAGGCAGAGUUCACCUGUGAAACAGCCUAGUAAGCUUUGGACACAUUUUCCGAAUUCCUAAAACAAAUUGAAAUUUAUUAUUCUUUGGUCAACUCAUGUAAACAUCGUAGACAAACAGGGCUAAUCAUUUUGAAUCAAAAGCUUGAGAUAUAUCUGGAAAUAUGGACCAAAACAGUUUUGCCCAUUCCCAUGAUGCAACCAUUGUUUAUAUUAAACAGCGACACCCGUAUAAAAACCAAAGUUACAGAUUGACUUUCUUUUUCAGAUGGAAGAUACAAAAACACAGGCAAUGUAAAUCCUUUGUUGCCAAAACGUGCUGAAGUGUGUCAUUUUAUUCCGUGGUAACAGCUUAUGUAGAAUUAAUGGUUUACGCAGAAAACAAGAAUUAUCUAGAAAAUUUUCGUGCACAACUUUGCCCAAGUCGCCAUCAACAUUCUGUACGCUUAUGAUAGCCGCGUCACAGGAUCAACUCCAUAUACCCUUUUACCAUGAAAGCACAUGUAUCGGUUAAAAGCAACACGAAUCAUUUUGUUAUCUUUCCGCUGAAGAGGGAUGUGUGGGAGGAAGGAAUCCUUCCGGCUAGGAAAUUGAAGACAAGGUCCUUCAGCAACAGACGUGCAGGUGGUACAGAAUGAUACAAAUUUGAUAUGCGGAACUCUAAGCCGACAAAACAUGGAAUUUUCUACGGAUACAACAAAUUGUAUAUAGAUUUGGGAAGGGCUGGCUAUGCUUUCUAUUGAACCUGGCUACUGUGAAGUAGGAGAGCACUUAGCUUUGCUUCACUGAUUGUAUUUCGGUGUUAAAGAUAUAUAGUUAAGUGAUUUAA